AUGAUGACAGCGAUUGCAUACGACGGACACUCAGCCAAACGCAUCAAAACGGCUGAUGAAGACCGAAACUUUAACCAAAAUCCCAACUAUUUUGGACAUUCAAACUCCCGGUACUCCAACCCUAACCGAGACGACGAUCGAGUGAAUCACGUGCUGCUCAUAACAGUGAUAAACCCCGCGUAUCCCAUCACUUGCGAUGUAAUCAAUCAAAUCUGUAGUCCGAGUGGGAAAGUGUUGCGAAUCGUCAUAUUCAAGAAGAAUGGCGUUCAGGCGAUGGUUGAGUUUGAUUGUGUGGACUCAGCAAAGAGGGCCAAACAGGCACUCCAUGGAUGCGAUAUUUAUUCCGGGUGUUGUACUCUUCGUAUUGAAUACGCAAAACCGACUCGUCUGAAUGUAUACAAGAACGACAACGAGAGCUAUGACUAUACGAACCCAACUCUCGGUGAGUCCCACAGUAAACCGUGCGAUAGACCGGCUCUUCUCACUGAACCCAAUCAUAUGAUGGGCGCCGACGCCAGGAGCCAAAGUUCAAUGACAGCCCCUCAUCCCGGAGGCUAUGCACCCGACCAUCACGACGGUUACGGUCAUCACGACGGCUACGGCCGACCCCCUCCAACGGCCGCCCAACCCUAUAUGGGUGACCCUUAUAUGCAACAAACAGAUCCCUAUCGAGAUGGACGUCAACCGCCAGUGUUGGCCACAACACCGGCGCCCGGCUAUGGGCCGCCGCCCGGCGCCACUCCACUAAUAGGAGGCGGACCUCCGCCACCGGCGGGUGCGCCACAACAGGGGGCUGUUAUGAUGGUCUAUGGCUUAGAUCACGAAAAGAUGAAUUGCGAACGAAUUUUCAAUUUAUUUUGUUUAUUCGGAAAUGUUGUUCGAGUGAAAUUUCUAAAGAGCAAAGAGGGCUGCGCUAUGGUUCAGAUGGGAGACCCGGUGGCGGUGGAGCGGUGCGUGAGUGCACUGAAUAACGUGACGUUCUUCGGCCUCGACGGUUACGGUCAUCACGACGGCUACGGCCGACCCCCUCCAACGGCCGCCCAACCCUAUAUGGGUGACCCUUAUAUGCAACAAACAGAUCCCUAUCGAGAUGGACGUCAACCGCCAGUGUUGGCGACAACACCGGCGCCCGGCUAUGGGCCGCCGCCCGGCGCCACUCCACUAAUAGGAGGCGGACCUCCGCCACCGGCGGGUGCGCCACAACAGGGGGCUGUUAUGAUGGUCUACGGCUUAGAUCACGAAAAGAUGAAUUGCGAACGAAUUUUCAAUUUAUUUUGUUUAUUCGGAAAUGUUGUUCGAGUGAAAUUUCUAAAGAGCAAAGAGGGCUGCGCUAUGGUUCAGAUGGGAGACCCGGUGGCGGUGGAGCGGUGCGUGAAAUUUCUAAAGAGCAAAGAGGGCUGCGCUAUGGUUCAGAUGGGAGACCCGGUGGCGGUGGAGCGGUGCGUGAGUGCACUGAAUAACGUGACGUUCUUCGGCCAUAAGAUGCAAUUGAGUUACUCGAAGCAGGCGUUCCUCAACGACGUGCAGCAGCCCUUCGAUCUGAUCGACACGACGCCCUCCUUCAAAGACUUUAUGGGCAACAGAAACAAUCGGUUCACUAACCCCGAGGCCGCCUCCAAAAACAGAAUCUCUCCGCCCGCAAAGGUUUUGCACUUUUUCAAUGCCCCGCACGGCGUCACCGAAGACGACAUCAUGAAUAUCUUCAAAACCAACUCUACUGUCUAUCCGAGUGCUGUCAAGUUUUUCCAGUCCAAAACCGAACGAAGCUCUUCAGGUCUGAUCCAAUUCGAAAGCGUGGCCGAAGCGAUGGAGGCGUUGGUUCUCUGCAAUCAUGUCUCGAUUCCCAACCCAAUAUUUGAAAGCAUUCACUUGCACUUUUUCAAUGCCCCGCACGGCGUCACCGAAGACGACAUCAUGAAUAUCUUCAAAACCAACUCUACUGUCUAUCCGAGUGCUGUCAAGUUUUUCCAGUCCAAAACCGAACGAAGCUCUUCAGGUCUGAUCCAAUUCGAAAGCGUGGCCGAAGCUAUGGAGGCGUUGGUUCUCUGCAAUCAUGUCUCGAUUCCCAACCCAAGUCAGUAG